AUGUCUCACGGAGGUCCGGUUACCGGAUUCCCAGCGCCCGGUCUUCCAGAACAGAACCGCUAUAUUGUUGGCCACAACACAGAGGGAAAGUCCGUCUUUCUAGUCUCUGACAAGGGUGACCAUGCCGCCAUUAUGGUCGAAGGAGCUGCAGCGCAGAAUAUCCCAUACAGCACAAAGUCCAACCCGGUGGACUUGACAGAUGAUCAAGACAUCAAGUUUUCCAUGGAGAACAAGCCACCGUUAAACUAUCCCGAAGGUUCAGUAAUCCGCACCAUCGACUUUGCACCUGGGGUCGAGUCGAACCUGCACCGUUCUAUCGGUCUCGGAUAUGGCGUUGUCACACAUGGCGUGAUGGAGUUGUCGCUGGAUAGUGGUGAGAAGAGGCUCAUGUAUCCUGGAGAUGUGUCGGUGAACCGGGCUGGUAUGCAUCGUUGGAAGAAUGUUUCGGAUAGUCAGCCAGCCAGGAUGGUUUAUUUCCUCGUCGGGGUCACGAAUGCCACGGCAGCUGGGAAGGAGUUGCAUGAGGACUUGGGGUAUUUGGCGAAGGAAUAUAUCCGCCGAUUCCAAGUCAAAUUUUCUACGAACCGUGAUUAUUAUACGGCGCUAUCUAUUCUUAGCGAGAUUGAAUGCCCAUUUUCCGAGGCCAAUGUAAGCCCAACGUCACAGGCGCGGACUGCGACAACUACCCAGACACAACUGUCCUCCGUAUCUGCGGUGAAAGGUCCUUCGUGUGGCUCCUCACUAUUUGAUCUCCCUGCUUCCAACAGUCCACUCGUCUCAGCGCAUCCGUCGACCGCGAGACCAUCCACCGCUGUAUCCAGUGUGACUGCCGUAACCCCCUCGUCACCAAGCACUGUCAUCCCUAUGCCCACAGAUAUCCGAGCUACCAGGGGCAAUCAAAACCAUGCUCUAAAGAUAGCAUCCUCUGAAGAGGCAACACAUUCCAUAUAUCGUGCACCAGAGCAAAACAAUAUCAAUAAACCCAUCAACAGACUCUCAACUGCCACAACAUCCUAUGACAUACAAUCAUUAGAUCACAUUUUGCCUCCGAAAAGAGAACUCCCGUUUUCCAAACCAGCUGCUAAAAGGUCGCGCACGGGUAUACAACGAUCAACCAAGCAUUCUGAGACAGCACCGAGUACAGCUCCUGACUUCCAGCAUCAACCUGAAACACGCGCACCAUCAUCAGCCUAUAUAUUUCCCGAACCGAACAACACCAAGCCAGUAGCUCUAGCUCCCAAACCCGUCACGCCCAAAUGCAGCUUUCCUUCAUUCUCACAACCAUCUAAUAGCAUGUCUCCACACAAUCCCGCAGGAUCCUUACCGCAGACUUCCUCCCUACAAUGCUCCGAUCCACCAAACACAGAGAACCCCAUCCAACAAAUCCAUGCGUUGCAAAAUACACUCAGCAAGAGCACCGAACCACUAGGGAAGUACAGUCAAUAUCAUACGCCAGCCCUCUCCUCGUACUCGUCGACACCCACCGUGGAGCGGACAAAGCUCCUAGAGGGUUGGAUUUGCCAGCAUAUCGAGGAUGAUGCAUUCAUCCGGCUUUGUGAGGAUGUCGAAGGAAUAUGGAGACGGAUUGCACUAGGGAAAUAG